AUGAAACUUGCUUCGUUAGCAAUCCUGUUGGUGUUGGGAUUUGUAAAUGGAGCACCGACUGAUACAGAGGAUGUUGCCGGACCAAAGUCGACUGAAGCAGCUGAAGAGCGGAUAUUUGAUUUAAGCAGAAAAUCCAGACAGUUACUAGGUUCCGCUCUGGGAUACUCCCCGUACGGCUUCAACCAAGGUUAUGGAGUGGGCUCUCCAUAUUCUGGCUAUUCUGGCUACUCCGGCUACCCGGGAGCUGUUGGAUAUCCGUACGGUGGAUACGGCAAUGGAAUCUCCGGAUAUGGAUCUUACGGAAAUGGGCUCUACUCUAAUGGAUUGGCAACUCCUGGUUUUGGUGGUCUGAACGGUGGCUACAAUUCACUUCUUUACAAUGGUGCACAAACGCUCUAUAACGAUCCUUACAGUGCGAUUCCUUCGAGAGGAUUUUUUCCCGGAGCACCCUAUUAUAGACGGCCAUUUUGA